AUGGUUCGCUUUGCGGGCGGCCUGCUGCUGUUCUCAGCAUGCGCAGUCGCAGUGCCGCCAAAGUACCCUUCCAACGGCCUAGGAAACCAACAGGCUGUGAUCAAGUCCCCGCAAGGACAGUCAAAUCUGAGAAAACUACAGGGAAGAUUCCUCCAUAUCACAGACAUUCACCCUGACCCCUUCUACAAGGUGCAUUCAGACCCGAGCGAGGCUUGCCACGCCGGCAAGGGCCAAGCUGGCUACUUUGGUGCUGAAGUGACAGACUGUGACACUCCUUUCUCCUUGGUCAACGCGACCUUCAGGUGGAUCGAAGAGAAUAUCAAGGAUGAUGUUGAUUUCGUUAUUUGGACUGGAGAUUCGGCACGGCAUGAUAAUGAUGAAAAUUAUCCAAGAUCAGACAAGCAGGUCAUCAAGCUCAACGAGUUCAUUGUGGAAAAGUUUGUAGAGACCUUUGGCAAGUCCGAUAACAUCGACGAUCCCGAUCCAACCAACGACUUUGUCGUCCCUAUUGUUCCUACCUUCGGCAACAACGAUAUCCUCCCUCACAAUAUCUUCACGCCGGGCCCGAACAAGUGGACGCGCACUUAUAGCAGUAUAUGGAAUAAGUUUGUGCCUCAAGCGCAACGGCAUUCAUUCGAAAGAGGAGGAUGGUUCUUCACCGAGGUUAUACCCAACAAACUGGUAGUCGUCAGUUUGAAUACGCUGUAUUUUUUUGACUCGAACUCUGUCGUGGAUGGCUGCGACGCCAAAUCAGACCCAGGCUAUGAGCAUAUGGAGUGGCUGCGAAUCCAGCUUCAAUUCAUGCGAGAACGAGGAAUGAAAGCCAUUCUCAUUGGCCACGUACCACCAGCAAGGACAGAAAGCAAGCAGAAUUGGGACGAGACUUGCUACCAGAAAUAUACGUUGUGGUUGAGGCAGUACCGCGAUGUGAUCAUCGCUUCCAUGUUUGGCCAUAUGAACGUCGACCACUUUAUGUUUCAGGAUGUCAAAAAUCUGAAAUAUAAGUUCAAGAUUGAUGGGGUUGACGACGAAUUUACGCGCCCCGAGCUCGGUGAUACCGGCCCGAUGAACAAGACACUGGCAAUCAGAGCCAAAGCAGCAUACCUCAACGAGCUUAGAGCCGACUGGGCCGCAUUACCCAAGCCUCCUGCGGGCCACUCUUAUCAGAUGGACACUUUUCGGGAUACUGUGGGGGACCAGAAGAAGAAGAAAAAGAAAAAAAAGGAGCCAAAUGAUGAGGAUAAAUUGGACGAGUUUCUGAAAGCCAUCGGCGGGCCCUGGGCUGAGAGAUUCAGUCUGAGUUUGGUGUCACCAAGUGUGGUUCCAAAUUUCUUCCCGACCCUUAGGGUGAUCGAAUACAACAUCACCGGUCUCGAAGAUGCUCACCCGGCUGUCGCAGCCAUUGGGACACCAGCAGACGAGACGGUUGACGAUUCGCCAAAUGAAGAGAGCGAUAAUGAACAACAAGCAUUCGAAGAUGGAAUCGAAGGCGGGAUGCAUGAUCUCAAAAAGAAGAAGAAAAAGAAGAAGGGUAAAAAGAAACCGAACUUUCAUGUGCCGAAACCUCCAUCCGCAUCGUCUCCUCCCGGCCCGGGUUAUUCAGCUCAGCCGCUUUCUUUGAUUUCCUGGACACAGUAUUAUGCCAACCUGACCAAAGUGCAUGAAAAGAUGGAUAAGGCGAAACACUUGAAGAAAAAAGAUCCUUAUCACUACUUUGGCUUCCAAGUCGAAUACGACACAAAAAGCGAUUCUGCUUACGAUAUGAAAGAUUUGACCAUGCGGUCGUGGCUGGAUCUUGCCGAGAGGAUAGGCCGGAAGAAAUUGCCCAAAUCUAUUUCUCCCGAAGAGGGCGACCUGUUGGAUCUAGAGCGAGAAGAAUCGAAGAGACCCAAAGGUACAGGAAAGGGAGACAAGGUGGCUCCAAAGACGGCGAAAAAUCAUCUAUGGAAGAUCUUCAUCAAGCGGGCGUUUGUGCAUACGAAGACGGACGAUGAAAUUGAACAGGACUUUGGUUGA